UGUCAGAAAAUUAACCAAAACAAUCAAUAACGUCAAAUUGUGAUUUUUAGAUUCCAAAGUGUAAUUUGAUUUAAAUUUUAAUGGACGUAGUAAUUUAAUAUAAUAACUGAACUGUUAGCUGUUUAGCAAAAAGUAGUUUGCUGAAUGUUUCAAGAAACAUAUGUCCUACUCAAUGUUGAAAGUCGUAAGUGGUGAAACUGGCAAGAAAGUGAAUAGAAAAAAUAUUUUACUUUCAUAUUGAUCUAAUGAGAUAUCAAUGCGAUCAUCCUUGAGCUAUAUAUUAUCUCACGCGCCUGGAGAGUCGGUAAUGUCGCAUCCUGACUACGCGCAACAUGCCCAACACCACGCCUGCCUUUUGGUGUUGGUCAAAGGUAUUGGGGGCGUCCUCAAGAAUUUUAAUAAGUUGUGGGAGCGGAUACAGCGGGUCAACAACAUUAAGGUUACUGAUUCCACUGGACAAGUGAGAGAUAUUUGGGUUAGAUAUGUCAGGGAUUACCCUGUGGAAAACAAUGAUUGGGGAGAUUUUCAGACUCAUAGACGGUUGCUGGGUUUGAUAACUCUAAGUAAGUUUACAAACCAAAUAGAGUUAAAUGAAGUAUGCAGAGUCCAUGAGUCUCUAAAAGUUAAAUAUUCUAACACAUUGUAUGACUCUCGAGCUUUCAUGUUUGGUCCUGGCAGUAAUUUGAAGAAACCAGAACAAGAACCAGAGACUUAUAGUGUGUAUGAAGACAAACAGACAGAAGAUAAGAACAGCUUGAAUUAUAAACCAACAAGUGAGCCAGGAGACAGUCUAUCAUCAAAUGAUAGUUAUGCACAAUCAACAUCAUCCAGUGCUUCUUGUGUAGUUCAGGAAGAAAAUUUCACAAUACCAUCUAAUUUUAAAACCCAUGCAAUGUUCUAUGGAGAGAAUGAACCAGUGUCGGACUUAGAACAGAAUGUAGCUGAUCUCAUUAACUCACUAUUUUGGGUAGUUGAGUCUAAAAGAUUGGAGAGAUCUCGUGAAAAACUUGACAAAGUGUCAUUACUUUUAGCACCAUUUGAGAAAAGGGAUUUUAUAGGUCUAGACAUGGAUUCACGUAAUAACAAAAAGCGUUGUAUGGGCAGAGUGACCAAAAACUUAGCUGAUUUAACAUUGCAAUCUGGACUAGUAGCUGAAAGUUUAAGUUUGUAUCAUUCAGCUGCGGAGAUAUUAAAGGCUGUUAAUGAUUGGUUAUGGCUGGCUGCUGCAAAAGAAGGACAUUGUGCUGCCUCUGCUAUCCUCAUUUACCCGAAUUUACGUACAACAAUGCCUUUACAUCGAAACGCAAGCCUUCAAGAGAGUUCACCUAAUAAGAAGCCCUUAUCAUUAUUCCAACCGAGUAUUGAUUCGUUCAGGAAAUACAAGCUUACCUCAUCACCGUUAAGAUCAUCGAAAACAUCCAGUCCGAUAAACCCACCCAGUGAAUUAACUCCAUCUUCCUCCGAUAGUGUUGAAACUUCAUCGAGACAAUCAGAAACUGAUAAUGCGGAUACGGAAUCUUUAGCUUCCUCCAGUGAUAUUGAAUACCAAAGUCAGAAAUCGUACAUAACUAUGGAUAUACCUUCAAUACCUAGACAGGUUAAUAACCAAUAUCUUCUAAAUGGAGAAGAUAUUGCUGAGAAGUAUCGGAAAGCUAUAAUACAUUAUAGUAAAUAUCAAAAUGCUGGUAUUAUUGAAACUGAAGCGUGUUUUAAAGCAGCGAGGAUUGCUGUAGAACAGAAUAACACUUUGUUAACAUCUAGUUUUCUACAGAAUGUAAUAUUUAUUAAUCUGACGCUCAGUGAACAGGAGAAGAUUCAAAGAUUCGAUACACUUGCGGAAAUUUACAAGGAAAUAGGUUUCCUACGCAAAGCUGCGUUCUACCAGCGCCUGGCAGCAACGCGGCAGGUGAGCGCCAACAACCCCAACCCCGACUGGCAGCGCUGCUACUACCUCAUGCUGCACAGCUUCCCCGGACACAUGCUCAGUCUGGACCCCGGCCAUCUCCAGCAGCAUCAGAUUGGUUGGCCGGCGCUGCAGAUCCAGCUGCUGCAGGAGGUGGUGGUGGCGUCGCGGCGCAUGGGCCACCCCGCGCUGGCCACGCGCCACAUGACCUUCCUGCUGCAGACCAUGUGGCCGCACCUCGCGCCGCACGACCACCGCGACCUCGCCAUACAGCUGCAGGCGGUAUCAGCACAAUGUGAGGGAGGUCCAGUUCCGCUGGUGCUAGAAACCGGCGAGGUGAUACCGCCAGCUAACUUGACCCAAGUGCCGCAGUGCCUCAGCUUCUCGCCCAGACCUCUGCCCCCGGCGCGGGCCCCGCACUCCGUCAAGUGUAAAGUACAACAGGGACCUUUUAUCUUCACACCGAUACAUUUCGGUAGUCUCGAGAGGAAAUCUAAGAAAGAAGAAGGGAAAAUGGAAUAUCUAUGGGUAGAGGAUGAUAUAUGUGAAGUCCAAAUGAAAUUGACCAACCCAUUACCGUUUGAACUGAAAGUAUCUAAUAUGCGUCUUCUAACAUCUGGGGUAGUAUUCGAAUCGUUGCCAGAAACGAUAAUAUUACCUCCAGAUUCACCGACAACAGUAAAUUUACACGGAACUCCUAAAGAAGUGGGCGAAUUACAAAUAUUGGGAUAUUCCACGCAUACGCUGGGAGUUAAAUCUAAUUGUAGAUUGAAAAAUUUACCUUUAAGUAGCAAAUUUCCAACUGCAUACGUUAUUGAAGUAAUUCCAAGUUUGCCGAUGAUGUUGAUAGAGACGAAUUUGUCGGGACACUUGAAUGUUUCCAGUGAGAGUCAUACUAAUGUUACAAAUGUAUCUCUCUAUAACGGUGAAAGUACUGAAUGUACGAUCAAAUUAACCAAUACCAGUGCUGUGCCUAUUGAAUAUUUGGAUUUAGCGAUACAGUCAAAUAUGGAUAAUCAAAUGCAAUCUAAAGUAUUCCAAUGGUCAAACGAGGAUAUACAGCGUCAGUUGCCCAUACUGCCCAAUGCAGUGGCCACACUCACUCUCCACUUAUACGCUGAAGCCGACUUCCUGGACCUCGGAGGUGAUGGAGAGAAUCUGUUCCCCAACAGCCUCACCUCCAACUACCCAUCAAGAGUGGGCUCCCCCGCGCACAACGCGCAGCUCUCGCUGCCCACGCAGAGUUCCAACCCACAUACAUCACUAAGCAGCGGGUUAAUGGUUAACAGAACUUCUGGCAGUUUCAGAUCUUCAAAUUCUCAAACGACAAGUUGGUCAGCGCCGCUGUCCGUGAUGCCGCCGUCUAGAGGACGACAGGUUGAAGCACAGAUGAUACUAAGGUACUCGGGCGGCGCGGGGCGCGAGAGCCAGUGCCGGCAGGCCACGCUGCAGUUCAACUUGGAGCUGCUGCCCAGCGUCUCCAUCACGCACUGGGAUGUGCUGCCGGCGGAAAUACCCACACAGCUGUACCUGGUGUUGGAUGUCACAAACCUGACGUCGGAGGAGAUGUCGUUCCACUACACGGCGGACAAGCACAUACUGAUCGAGAGCAAGGAGUCGCGGAGGGUGCCCGUGCCGCUGGACCGCUGCCCCUUCAACCUCGCGCCCAAUAAAUAUGACGAAGAUACGUCAGAAUCGAAGUGUUCAUCGAGAUGUAGCGGGGCGCCGAGCCUGGAGCGGCUGUGCUCGGAGCACAUCCGCAGCGCGGUGUCGCUGCGCUGGCAGCUGCUGCAGUCGGCGCUGCGCGGCGCCGCCUCCGUGCGCGGCAUCACGCUCUCGCACGCCAUGAUGGACAUCGUCCGGAUGUCGCCUCUCAACUGGGAGGUGAGCGUGAACGAGCAAUGCAUAAAGGCGCAGGAGGAGGUGGUGUGCGGCGCGGGCGAGCGGCUGGGGGUGCGCGUGCGCGUGCAGAACGCGCUGAGCCGGCCGCUGCGCCAGCUCUGCCUUUCGCUGCAGUUCUACCAGGACUACAACAACGGCGUGCUCUGCUACGACCUCGACAACCGCCUCGCCACCGCCGGCAAUAACAAGGUGGUUUUGUCAACAUUAACGGAAAGUUCUAAAGCGUUUCAUGAAUGUACCGUUGUCUUUUUAACUCCGGGCGAAUAUAAAAUAGACAUACAAUGCUCUACCACAGAGCCGAUAUUAGAAGAACCUGUUAAGGAGGUCGACAACACUUCGAUAAUACAACCGUGCUCCGGAGAAGUCAACCACGUAUGGAGAUUCAUUCCGCCUGUAGCGAUAAGUGUCACUGAUUAAAAUAAUAUUUAUUCAAUAUUAACAUAUUUAUGUCAAUAUAUGUGUAUAUCCUUAUCAAAUUAUAAUUUUCGUAUUUAAUAUGUUAUAAAUAAAGGAAAACAAAGAA